GUAAAAAAUAAAAAUUCUUUUUAUUUAAAAAAAGCGUCUAUAAAAAUUUUAUCAUCACAUGAUAACGUUUUAAAAAAGUUAUAAAUACCAAGUGCACUUCUCGUUUACCUUGGGAACAAAUAAAUCGGUUUAUAUCUAAUAAAUUCUUAUAUUUUUUUAUUUAAAUUGUUUUUAUUCCUCAAGCAAAUGCAUUCUAUCUAUUAUUACCCAACAACUACAAUAAAUUCUUUUGAUUUAUACGACGAGUGUGGUUUUAUAGAACAAGAAUCCCCCUUCGAUGUAUCUAGUCUUAUAAAUUCACCACUUUCUUUAGAUAGUGAAUCUGGAAACAUGACAUCUUCUUCGGUCGAAACAUCUCCCGUAUUAAAUCAAGAUCCUUCUCCAAUGGUUCUUAUUAAACCUCCGUUCCCACCAACGAUAAAUAUCGAUGAUUUAGUAACGAGUAAACCUAAUGGGGACAAACCUUCAAAGUCUUCAAACGCAUUCAUUAUUUAUCGUAAAGCUUACGUAAAAGAACUUCACUCAAGAGGAAUUAAUCUUCAAAUGACUCAAAUAUCACCCAUGGUAUCAGAAUCAUGGAAACAAGAACCUGAUAGUGUUAAAGCUGAAUAUAAACGUCUUGCAGAAGCGGCAAAGAAACGUUAUAAAGAGAUGUGGCCUUCAAAACAAAGACGUAGACAACAUAGAAAACAUCAACAACAACAACAACCACUUCCACAAUCUCUUUUUAUCGAUAAUUCGAAACCAACAAACGAGCUUGGUUUAAGUAAUUUAACUCAAACUCCACCACAAACAGCAAUCGAUAUUAACCAAUGGGAUUUUUCACAAUCAUCCCUUUGGUCUCAUCAAGCAAUUUCACCGUUACAAAAUCUUACACUCGAUCCAAUGUUAUUAAAUUCAACCGAAGGACUUUAUAAUAAUAAUAAUACACCAAAUGCUACUCCACUUUUAAAAAAUGAAAUCGUUAAUUCUAGUAGCACAGUAAAUUCACCGUUAUUAAAUUUUCUUAUAAACAAUAAUGAACGUGGCAUUAAUCGUAAUAUUUCCGUACAAAAUAAUAGUAAUCACAAUCACAAAGGAACUUUAUUGGAAUAUCAUCAACUUAUGACAAAUUGGCAUAAAGAUUUAAAACGGCAAAAUCCUCACCCAUAUAAAACAUUUGCGGACGCUGCGAGCGUCACAUUUUUCGCACUUCAUUUAGUUUAAUUCAAAUUAUUAUCAUAUUUUUUUAUUAUAUAUAUAUAUAUAUUUUUUUUUUUCUUU